AUGAAUGGAACAGAGUUCCUAGUCUCCGACGACUCCCUGAAAAGUAUUGGGAUUGACGUCGAACGACUACUCGAGCAAGUAGCCGAAAGGCAACGACUCGAUGAAGGAGAUGACUUGGAGGGCAAAGAUGCCCCCGAGUUCGACCUCGACAUCAUGUUGGACGACGUCGUAGACUCCUACAAUGACAUCAAUCAGGUCGAAAGAUCUUGGGUAGAGGACGGAGAGCCUGAAAAGGUUAGAUCCAUUGUAAACACAACGGAUUACGAUGGAGUUAAAGAUAUGCUGAGCAAAGCGUACGAAGCCGGAUUCCCAGAGGACCGUGCUGAUGCGCUUGGCGCCAUUGUGCGCAAGGCGGAUAUCUGGCGAACAAAGUUUCGAGCCAGUGACCCACCAGCGAAUGUCCCUCCGAUGUCCAUUACGCUGAAAAGCGAUUCACGCCCCUACCGGUGCGCGUCUAGAAAGGUGAAUCCUCUGGAAAAGAGAUUCAUGGACGACUUUUGCAAUACACUUGUAAAUGCGAGAGUGAUCUGGCAAAAUGACCAGUCCAAGUAUUGCAGUCCAGUAAAUCCCGUCCUCAAGCCGGAAGGCAAGAGGAUGAAAGAGACGAAAGUCCGGGAGUGGACGGAGGAUGAAAUUCUCCAACAUUUCCGUUUAACCAUUGACUACCCUGCUAAGAAAUCAGCUCCUGAAAAACGGAGAUCUGAAUCUGAUGCAGCUUUGGGAAGAGAACCCAAGCGCGCACGGCAGGAUGAAGGGCCGAAAGGUCCUAACAACCGCAAGCGCAGACGCCAAAAUCGCCUGGAAUAUGGUGGUGGCAAAGGCGGUGGCAACAAUGAUGGCGGAGCAGGGGGAGGCAAUCCCCCGCCUGACAACGAAAGGAAGCCACCGUCGUCUGACAAGAAGGCCUGGAAAGGUAACUUCAGAUCGGAUAGCCGCGAACAAGGCGGUGGCCGAGGUUAUGGACGCAGUGGCAAUGGUGGAAGAGGCCAAAAACAGGGCCGACACCGCAACCACAGCAGUCAAAACCCAGAGCCCAUCGACCGCGACGCAGGCUACGGCUUUGGCUCCUCUGAAGCAUUGAGGGACAAAGCACGUGCAGAACGGGUGCAGUGUCAGUCAGAGAUGACUAGACUGGUACGGUCCGAGUCGGACAAACAGCCGGAGCAAGAACUCCCGGCGUCCGAUGAAGAAACAAAGAGACCGGCUAAUAUCAAUGACGUCCCGUCGGAACCGUUGACUACGACUAUAGCUCAGAUGAGCUAG